UUCAAUCCUUCGAGUCGGGCGUGCGCCCCCGCGGCGGCAGGACGCAUUCUUCCAACAGCCGGGACGAGAUUAGUCGGUGGUGGUCGCGCGCGCGUGCAGCGUACAGCGGAGGACAGCCCCGUGCCGCCAUCCAUGUGCGAAGUUACGUCACUCGCGCAUCUCAGCGAGCUUCGAGGAGCGGCGGGCACACGUCUCGGCCCGACCUGGAUAACCGGCCGCCACCAUGGUGUCCCUGGGGAACCUGGCGGCGCGGAUCAAGCAGCGCUACACGCGCCGGCAAUGGAGCACCGUCAUGCUGAUAGGGACCGUCAACUUCGCCGGGGCCGUGUGCAUCUCACUGCAGGCGCCUUUCUACCCGCAGGAGGCCGAGUCGAAAGGAUCUACAGCGACGGAGUACGGUCUAGUGUUCGGCAUCUUUGAACUCGUGUCGUUCCUAAGCAGUCCUCUCUUCGGGAAAUAUCUGGACACGAUUGGAGCCAAGUUUACAUUGACAAGUGGAAUAUUCGUUGCAGCCGUAUCAUGCAUGCUCUUCGGGUUGCUGGAUCUGGUGAUAGAACACACCGAGUUUAUCGGCCUGUCCUUCGCCGUCCGGAUAGUGGAGGCCCUGGGUGCCUCGGCCGCACUCACAGCCGCCUUCGCCAUCAUCGCGUCCGAAUUCCCUGACUCCGUGGGCACCACAUUUGCGACCCUGGAGACCUUCUACGGCGUGGGUUACAUCGUCGGACCCACGAUCGGCGGGCUGCUCUUCCAGGCCGGAGGCUACGUCCUGCCCUUCAUCGUCAUGGGCAGCAUGCUCGUCGUGGUGGGCGUCGUCACCUGCUUCGUGCUUCCUGCUAGCGAAGCUCAGAAGAAACCCCAAGCGAGCUUGCUCAAGAUGCUGGCGGUGCCCGGCGUGCUGCUGGACUCGCUCGUCACCACAGCGACGGCGGUCAGCAUGGGCUUCUACUCGGCCACGCUCGAGCCCCACCUCCGCCAGUUCGACCUGUCCCCCGCCCUGGUCGGCGUCAUGUUCAUCAUCAGCGGCGGCGUCUACGCCAUGUUCGCGCCGCUGGUGGGCAGGCUCAUCGACCGCUGCUGCUACGCUAAGCGGGUGGUGCUGUUCGGCGGCGUGUUCGUCAUCAUCGGCGUCUCCCUGGUCGGCCCGGCCGACUUCCUGCCUGUGGAGACGUCGCUCUGGAUGUGCGUGGUCGGGCUCAUCAUCCACGGGUUCGGCCUGUCCUGCCUCAUGGUGCCCACGUUCUCGGACGCGAUCAGCUCUGCAGUGGUGGCCGGCUUCCCAGACGACCUGACCACGUACGGGGUGGUGUCCGGGCUGUGGGCGUCGUCCUUCGCGCUCGGCGCCUUUGUCGGGCCCUCCGUGGCUGGAGUUCUCUUCGACACAGUGGGUUUCAGGCAGUCGACCUACUUCAUCAUAGCGGUGCACUUGCUCGUCGUUUUCGGCACCGCGCUCUUCCUCUGCUGCGAGCGAAGACCGCCGCCGCGGAAACUCAAGACCAAGACCCUGGAACUCAGCAUGCAGGCGAGCCUGCUCCGCCUGGAAGAGUCCAGUGGCGGCAACCUCAUCGCCAACCUGAGCCAGGACCGGAACCGGAGCCCCUUCCCCGGGGUCACGCGGAACAAGGCGGGCAGCGGCUACGGCAGCAUCGGCUCCUCCUUCAUCGAGGUGGCUGCCUGAGGCGUCGACCCGGCUGAGAGGAAGAGAGGAAAGAACGACGGCCACCCUCUCGCAGCACGCGCGCGGGGCGCGGGCGCGGGGGUGGCAACAGCUCCACGCUCUGCUGCUGGGGGACCGGCGGGAGCCUCGGAGCUAACACUCACACCCGUGCGCAGAGACAGUCGCCGCGGGCGACUCGACACAUACUCGACUUAAAGGGCUGUGAUAUAUUUUAGUAAUAGAUGAAUCCUGCUGUUCAGUGAGGCAGUCAUCGAAAUGAUUUCUCGCCGAGGCAUUGAGUGAGGUGACGACUUAUGUGUUCACGUUUCCAAGAUUCCUUUUUGUACUAAUUAAUUUAUGAUGCGAGGCUCGUUUUCGGAUGUGCGGAUAGAAUACAAUAAAGCCUACACUCACGAGAAUACUCAGUAUUGAAAGAGUAAUAACUCCUUCCUUUAAUCAGCAGUUUGGAGAAUUUUGUGAUAGCUUUAGCUCGCUGUGCAGGUAUAAACUAGCUCACCCCUGAGCUUAGAGACAAAUCAAAUGUGAUACUUCUCAACACUUUUUCUAGCUUUGAAUGAAAAAAAUGAAUGUUUACAUUUUUCUAACAAAAGUAACAGCACAAUGCUAGUUGUUAUUCAACUGCGUAUCACAACAAAAAAUAUAUUUCUACAGUGCCAUAUUUUUUGUAUGUAAUCUGAAUAAUGGUAGAUGUAAUUUUGGCGUAGUUGAGGGGUAUGAUAGUAGCGCAAAUGAGGGAGUAUAUUAUGUACUAGUUCCGUUGACAUGGCGUUAUGUGCCAAGUAAAGUAGGUAAGGCAUGUAAUAAAUAUUAGUACUUUGCGCCUCGCCUCAAAAGUGAUGUGAUAUUUUGAAGACAGCUGUCUGAACUAGUCACAAUACGCCAUACCACUAGCCAUUAUAUUAUAAAUAUAUUGUCCGCAUUAAUGUAUAAGUUCAUAAGUAUGGAAAGAGUGCAUCCCUUUCCGUGUUUGGAAAAAAUACCUCAAAACCGGUUUAUCCCCCUUUUUGUUUGUAUCUGUUUCGAUUUGUGUUCGGAUUUGUGCCAGACAUUUCACACUUGCAAUGAUGUGUAAAUAUAUGUAAAUAUAACGUGUUAAGGUAAGGAAAAUAAAUUUAUCGAAUAAGGA